AUGGCGGCCGGUAUCCGGGAGAAGCAGACAGUGGCUUUGAAGCGUAUGCUGAACUUCAAUGUUCCUCCUGUUAAAAACAGCACAGGAGAACCAGUAUGGAAGGUUCUCAUUUAUGACAGAUUUGGCCAAGAUAUAAUCUCACCUUUGCUGUCAGUGAAAGAGCUGAGAGAUAUGGGGAUCACUUUGCAUCUGCUUUUGCAUUCAGAUCGGGAUGCUAUUCCAGAUGUUCCAGCUGUUUACUUUGUAAUGCCAACAGAAGAAAAUAUUGACAGAAUGUGCCAGGAUCUUCGAAACCAGCUUUAUGAAUCUUAUUAUUUAAACUUUAUUUCUGCCAUUUCGAGAAGUAAGCUGGAAGAUAUUGCAAAUGCUGCCAUAGGUGCUAAUGCAGUAACUCAAGUGGCUAAGGUGUUUGAUCAGUAUCUUAAUUUUAUUACUUUAGAAGAUGAUAUGUUUGUAUUGUGUAACCAAAACAAAGAACUUGUUUCGUAUCGUGCCAUUAACCGACCAGAUAUAACAGACACAGAAAUGGAAACUAUAAUGGACACUAUUGUUGACAGUCUCUUCUGUUUUUUUGUUACGCUUGGAGCUAUUCCUAUAAUCAGAUGCUCAAGAGGAACUGCAGCUGAAAUGGUGGCAGUGAAAUUAGAUAAGAAGCUCAGAGAGAAUCUAAGAGAUGCCAGAAACAGUCUUUUUACAGGUGACACACUUGGAGCUGGCCAGUUCAGCUUCCAAAGGCCCUUAUUAGUCCUUGUUGACAGAAACAUAGAUUUAGCAACUCCUCUACAUCAUACGUGGACAUACCAAGCUUUAGUGCACGAUGUUCUGGAUUUCCAUUUGAAUAGAGUUAACUUGGAAGAAUCAACAGGAAUGGAAAGUUCUCCAGCAGGUGCUAGACCUAAGAAAAAAAAUAAGAAGUCCUAUGAUUUAACUGCAUCUGAUAAAUUCUGGCAAAAGCAUAAGGGCAGUCCUUUUCCAGAGGUAGCUGAGUCUGUUCAGCAAGAACUGGAAUCCUACAGAGCCCAAGAAGAUGAAGUCAAAAGACUUAAAAGUAUCAUGGGUAUAGAAGGGGAGGAUGAAGGAGCAAUAAGUAUGCUUUCUGAUAAUACAGCUAAGCUAACUUCAGCUGUCAGCUCUCUUCCAGAACUUCUGGAAAAGAAGAGGCUCAUUGAUCUUCAUACAAAUGUUGCAACAGCCGUUUUGGAGCAUAUAAAGAGUCGAAAGCUGGAUGUGUAUUUUGAAUAUGAGGAAAAAAUAAUGAGCAAAUCCACUCUGGAUAAAUCUCUUCUGGACAUGAUUUCUGACCCGGAUGCGGGAACGCCAGAAGACAAAAUGCGAUUAUUUCUUAUCUAUUACAUAAGCUCAGCACAGGCACCUUCAGAGAUUGAUUUGGAGCAGUAUAAAAAAGCGUUGAUGGAUGCAGGUUGUAAUCUUGCUCCUUUGAGUUACAUAAAACAAUGGAAAGCUUUCACUAAGAUGGCUUCAGCUCCAACCAGCUAUGGAAACACUACGCCUAAACCUUUGGGUCUAUUUUCACGUGUUAUGAAUACAGGAUCACAGUUUGUGAUGGAAGGAGUGAAGAACUUGGUACUGAAGCAACAAAAUCUACCAGUCACACGGAUAUUGGACAACCUCAUGGAGAUGAAGUCAAACCCUGAGACAGACGACUACCGGUAUUUUGACCCCAAGAUGCUACGAGGCAGUGACAGCUCAGUUCCAAGAAACAAAAAUCCGUUCCAGGAGGCGAUAGUGUUUGUAGUUGGAGGAGGCAACUAUAUUGAAUAUCAAAAUCUUAUUGACUACAUAAAGGGUAAACAAGGCAAACAUGUCCUGUAUGGCUGCAGUGAACUUUUUAAUGCUACACAGUUUAUAAAACAGCUGUCCCAACUUGGCCAGAAAUAAGACUGGAACACCAUUACCUGGAUGGCAGUGUGACAAUGAAGAAUUGUUACAACAUUCAGAUAUCUUCAUAUCUAUAAUUUUGUCAUUAUAUUAAAACUUAAACCUGUUUCAUUAAUAUGAUAACUUUUAAAAAAAAGAUCUGUAAUUAGUACAGUGUAUAUCAACAUUUCAGAAAUAAACCUUAAAACCUGCUGUAUUUUUGGUGGGGGUCAGUUUCACAUUAUUACGUUCUAAAUGCAGUAUUAGCUAUGGUAUAUGACAGAGCUGGCUGGAAAGCAUAGCAUUUUCAAGUUCUUAUAUAUAGUUUCUGUUACAGUAAACAAAGCAAUAGCUUGAAGAAAAGGUUAAGUCUGUCUUCAGGAGAUGGGUUCUUCUUCAAAGCCAUACUAUCUUUCUUUAAGAAAACUGAAAAGGACAAAACUGCCUUUUAGGACCACAGACAAACAGCCUUAGUGCGAGAGAACUACUACUUCUAGUUCCUACCCUUUUAUUUUACCAAAGUCAUUAUAUUUAGAUUUGUGCAGUUUUUGCUUGAUGGUCCAAAGAUGUACUUGAAGAUACCUUCAGUACAAGUUUCUGAUACAGUAAUUUAGCAUUUCUCUUAAGUUUAAGAGAAAAUUGCUUGCCUACACAGUCACAGUUCCAAACUGUAAAACUGUGAAGUCUUUAAUAAUUUUCUUUUGCACUUUUUAUUGUAACUGCUUUGACUGUUAUGUUUGGGAAGAAACCAAGUCAUGCUCACAGAACAGCUCUUAACUGUUUUGUAAGCACAUAUUUAAAAUACAGUUUUUAACAAUUGCAUUAGGUAGGGGUGGUUUCAAUUGAAAGAAUCUCAUGAUAUAAUUAAGUUUUGCUAUUAACGAUAGCACUGGAGAGUGCAUAUGGAAAUUGAGAGAGGGUAUCAAAAUUUCUUUAUAGCCGUAGGUCUCUGCCUCUAGAAAUGUCCUCUCUGGAAACUGUACUGCUACUGGUGAAGCAAUAAUACGUCUUCAAAAUGAGGCCUAACAUACUCAAAAAGUUAAAAGAAAACGCUUGUUGUGGGCUUAUUAACGAACUGUGAGAUUGUAAGAAUUACUGGCUUACUGUAAAUUUUUCAGCAGUUUUUUUUGCACUAGUCUUCAAUGUUGAAUGUUAAUUUUGCUCUAAAGGCAAUACUUUUUCCCCAGCUAGAUUUUUUUUCAGAACAUCUAUACAAGAAAUGCAGUUGGAUCUAGUCCUUAGAAGUAUCACGAUGAAAAUAUGCAUAAUCUAGACCAUGUUAUCAAAAAGUAAUAAUGUUAUUUAAUUAUCUCAGCUGAGUGUUGUAAGCUACUCCACACUACUACUAUAAACUUCUAACUUUGCCAAGUCAAUAAAUGUAUUUAUUGUGGUGUUAAUUAUAGUUGUUGUAUGUGAGCACUCUCCCAUACUUCAAUCAGCAAGGUCUCACUGUGUCAAAUGCAGUUUGUUAUUCUAAUUCCCUAUAUAUAUAUACACACUAUAUUUGUUAGUAAAAACAAGGUCAAAGUACAUUUGGAAAAGAAAAUUACACUUAAGGUGUUUAUUGCUUCCUGUGGGAGUUCAUUCCAGGAGCUUGAAAUAAUCCAUCCCCAAGAAAGCUGUGCUUCCUAUGCAAAGAGUUUUAACCUUGCAGCUGACAACCAACUUCUGAAAAAUCUGCUGAUUGCUUUUUGUCCAGAUCUUGUGGCAGCCUGUGAUACGAUGGACCCUGCUCGUUUAAACAAGGAGCACUCCUGGUUUAUCACCGCUUACAGAAUUUGCUGUUUCAAUAAACUAUGUAUAGAUAUCAGAAAGUACUUUGGUUGCUGAGUUCAAAACUUGGUUUGCAGUCUUUACGCUGCCUCUGGAGACAGGUUUUGUUUGUGCCCAGCUUUAUAGCUGGAUCUUCAGGUCUGUUGUG